ACGACACACCUCAUCGAAAUUUAUAUAUUCCUUUUUUUUUUUCUUUCAGAAUUUGACUAAAACUGAAGUAGCUAUGAGUUACCGUCAUGAACAUCAUCCUCCAGGACAUAUGGGACCACCAAAUCCAAUGGCAAUGGGACCGCCUCAUUUUCAUCAUCAACCACCACCACCGCCACAACAUGUCCAACAUCAUCACAUCCCUCCACCGCCGCCUCGGCCGUAUCAAGGUUACUUCAACCCUCAGCCGCCGUUGAUACCGCCACCUCGGCCUUAUUACGACCAGCCUUAUCAUAAUUCUGGUUGUCCUCCCCUGCUUGCUGCAUGUUUGGCAGCCCUUUGUUGUUGCGGCUUGUGCAACCGCUACUGAUUGUUCUAGUUCCACAAUUGGUAGAGCUAAUAAACUCGUAUCAUGUUAUGUACUUCAGCUGGAUGUAUAAUAAGAAAAAACUGCUGUGCUAAGU